GCGAUUCAGAGGGAGCGGUUUCCCUACGAGACGUCAUUCCGCCACAUGCCGAGGAACACUUCAGUGAGGAGUAAACACAAGUUUUCAUACUGCGAUGACGGUGCGUAGACCGGGCUUGUCUGCUCUGCUGUCGGCCUGGCUCCUGCUUCUGUCUGCGGGUCCGGGGGGUCUCUCUAGGGCCGGGCUGAUACGCAAGAAGCCGCCUGUGCGCCGCGGAUGCCUGCCCCUCCCGGAGGAGAUCCUGGAGCAGAUGUACGGUCGACUGACAGUGGGAAUCAUGAGCGCCUUCCACCACGCGCUGCAACUAGAGCAAAACCCAGCGGAACAGCACAACGGGAGCUGCCCAUCCGCCGCGUGGGCCUCAGCCGCCUCCGGGCCCCGGCUCCCGGUCAACCUGCUCAGCAUCUCUCCGUGGGCUUACAGGAUGUCCCAGGACUCGUCCAGGUACCCUCGCUCCAUCCCAGAGGCAUACUGCCUGUGCAGGGGUUGUCUGAUCGGGCCAUAUGGACAGGAGAGUGCAGACUUCCACAGUGUUCCGGUCUUUGCUCCAGCCGUGGUACUUAGGAGGAGCGGCCCAUGUGUGGGUGGACGUCACACCUACAGCGAGGACUACAUCUCUGUGGCUGUAGGCUGCACAUGUGUGCCCAACAUGGAGCCGGAGCACAGGGGCCCACAAGGAAACACCAUCUGAGGGCAACACCAUCUGAGGAGGACCCCGUGUCAACACCAUUGCACUAAAUGCACUGGUGUUAAUUGACCCCAUGCAACUCAAAAUACUAAUAUGUGUUGUUGGUUCUGUACUACACCUAAUCGUGUUAGCUAUAAAUG